UCCAUCACAUCUCCAACAAAUGUCAACACAGCAAACAAUAUGUCAAGCGCAACAAUUUCACAGGAACCAGCUCCAAGUUCUGAUGCAGCAAGCGCUACUGCAACCUAUUCUGCUGAAACAUCUCCACUGGGACAAUCAAAUGGUGAUGCCAUGCCUACUGUGACAGCUUUGACAUCGGGACCCUCUUCAAAUGAUAUUUCAGGGUCUCCAACAAGUUCCCGUGCAACUAUUCCAAGUUCAAAUGCAGUAGGAAGUUCUGGAUCCAAUUCCACUGAAAGCUCCUCUUCUGAAGCUUCAAAAACUGUCUAUGUACCUACAACACCUCCAACAUCCGAAAGCUCAAGAAAUUAUUCAUCAAGCUCUUCAACAAUUUCCCGUGUCAACGCUCAAAGUUCAACUGUGGAAACCUCUGCUGUAACUGCUUCUUCUGGAAUAUCAUCCACUGAAGACUCAAAUACAGGCAAUAUAUCCAUCACAUCUCCAACAAAUGUCAACACAGCAAACAAUAUGUCAAGCGCAACAAUUUCACAGGAACCAGCUCCAAGUUCUGAUGCAGCAAGCGCUACUGCAACCUAUUCUGCUGAAACAUCUCCACUGGGACAAUCAAAUGGUGAUGCCAUGCCUACUGUGACAGCUCUGAUAUCAGGACCCUCAUCAAAUGAAAUUUCAGGGUCUCCAACAAGUUCCCGUGCAACUAUUCCAAGUUCAAAUGGAGUAGGAAGUUCUGGAUCCAAUUCCACUGAAAGCUCCUCUUCUGAAGCUUCAAAAACUGUCUAUGUACCUACAACACCUCCAACAUCCGAAAGCUCAAGAAAUUAUUCAUCAAGCUCUUCAACAAUUUCCCGUGUCAACGCUCAAAGUUCAACUGUGGAAACCUCUGCUGUAACUGCUUCUUCUGGAAUAUCAUCCACUGAAGACUCAAAUACAGGCAAUAUAUCCAUCACAUCUCCAACAAAUGUCAACACAGCAAACAAUAUGUCAAGCGCAACAAUUUCACAGGAACCAGCUCCAAGUUCUAAUGCAGCAACCACUACUGCAACCUAUUCUGCUGAAACAUCUCCACUGGGACAAUCUAAUGGUGAUGCCAUGCCUACUGUGACAGCUUUGACAUCGGGACCCUCUUCAAAUGAUAUUUCAGGGUCUCCAACAAGUUCCCGUGCAACUAUUCAAAGUUCAAAUGGAGUAGGAAGUUCUGGAUCCAAUUCCACUGAAAGCUCCUCUUCUGAAGCUUCAAAAACUGUCUAUGUACCUACAACACCUCCAACAUCCGAAAGCUCAAGAAAUUAUUCAUCAAGCUCUUCAACAAUUUCCCGUGUCAACGCUCAAAGUUCAACUGUGGAAACCUCUGCUGUAACUGCUUCUUCUGGAAUAUCAUCCACUGAAGACUCAAAUACAGGCAAUAUAUCCAUCACAUCUCCAACAAAUGUCAACACAGCAAACAAUAUGUCAAGCUCAACAAUUUCACAGGAACCAGCUCCAAGUUCUAAUGCAGCAACCACUACUGCAACCUAUUCUGCUGAAACAUCUCCACUGGGACAAUCUAAUGGUGAUGCCAUGCCUACUGUGACAGCUUUGACAUCGGGACCCUCUUCAAAUGAUAUUUCAGGGUCUCCAACAAGUUCCCGUGCAACUAUUCCAAGUUCAAAUGCAGUAGGAAGUUCUGGAUCCAAUUCCACUGAAAGCUCCUCUUCUGAAGCUUCAAAAACUGUCUAUGUACCUACAACACCUCCAACAUCCGAAAGCUCAAGAAAUUAUUCAUCAAGCUCUUCAACAAUUUCCCGUGUCAACGCUCAAAGUUCAACUGUGGAAACCUCUGCUGUAACUGCUUCUUCUGAAAUAUCAUCCACUGAAGACUCAAAUACAGGCAAUAUAUCCAUCACAUCUCCAACAAACGUCAACACAGCAAACAAUAUGUCAAGCGCAACAAUUUCACAGGAACCAGCUCCAAGUUCUGAUGCAGCAAGCGCUACUGCAACCUAUUCUGCUGAAACAUCUCCACUGGGACAAUCUAAUGGUGAUGCCAUGCCUACUGUGACAGCUUUGACAUCGGGACCCUCUUCAAAUGAUAUUUCAGGGUCUCCUACAAGUUCCCGUGCAACUAUUCCAAGUUCAAAUGCAGUAGGAAGUUCUGGAUCCAAUUCCACUGAAAGCUCCUCUUCUGAAGCUUCAAAAACUGUCUAUGUACCUACAACACCUCCAACAUCCGAAAGCUCAAGAAAUUAUUCAUCAAGCUCUUCAACAAUUUCCCGUGUCAACGCUCAAAGUUCAACUGUGGAAACCUCUGCUGUAACUGCUUCUUCUGGAAUAUCAUCCACUGAAGACUCAAAUACAGGCAAUAUAUCCAUCACAUCUCCAACAAAUGUCAACACAGCAAACAAUAUGUCAAGCGCAACAAUUUCACAGGAACCAGCUCCAAGUUCUGAUGCAGCAAGCGCUACUGCAACCUAUUCUGCUGAAACAUCUCCACUGGGACAAUCUAAUGGUGAUGCCAUGCCUACUGUGACAGCUUUGACAUCGGGACCCUCUUCAAAUGAUAUUUCAGGGUCUCCAACAAGUUCCCGUGCAACUAUUCCAAGUUCAAAUGCAGUAGGAAGUUCUGGAUCCAAUUCCACUGAAAGCUCCUCUUCUGAAGCUUCAAAAACUGUCUAUGUACCUACAACACCUCCAACAUCCGAAAGCUCAAGAAAUUAUUCAUCAAGCUCUUCAACAAUUUCCCGUGUCAACGCUCAAAGUUCAACUGUGGAAACCUCUGCUGUAACUGCUUCUUCUGGAAUAUCAUCCACUGAAGACUCAAAUACAGGCAAUAUAUCCAUCACAUCUCCAACAAAUGUCAACACGGCAAACAAUAUGUCAAGCGCAACAAUUUCACAGGAACCAGCUCCAAGUUCUAAUGCAGCAACCACUACUGCAACCUAUUCUGCUGAAACAUCUCCACUGGGACAAUCUAAUGGUGAUGCCAUGCCUACUGUGACAGCUUUGACAUCGGGACCCUCUUCAAAUGAUAUUUCAGGGUCUCCAACAAGUUCCCGUGCAACUAUUCCAAGUUCAAAUGCAGUAGGAAGUUCUGGAUCCAAUUCCACUGAAAGCUCCUCUUCUGAAGCUUCAAAAACUGUCUAUGUACCUACAACACCUCCAACAUCCGAAAGCUCAAGAAAUUAUUCAUCAAGCUCUUCAACAAUUUCCCGUGUCAACGCUCAAAGUUCAAAUGUGGAAACCUCUGCUGUAACUGCUUCUUCUGGAAUAUCAUCCACUGAAGACUCAAAUACAGGCAAUAUAUCCAUCACAUCUCCAACAAACGUCAACACAGCAAACAAUAUGUCAAGCGCAACAACUUCACAGGAACCAGCUCCAAGUUCUGAUGCAGCAAGCGCUACUGCAACCUAUUCUGCUGAAACAUCUCCACUGGGACAAUCAAAUGGUGAUACCAUGCCAACUGUGACAGCUUUGACAUCGGGACCCUCUUCAAAUGAUAUUUCAGGGUCUCCAACAAGUUCCCGUGCAACUAUUCCAAGUUCAAAUGGAGUAGGAAGUUCUGGAUCCAAUUCCACUGAAAGCUCCUCUUCUGAAGCUUCAAAAACUGUCUAUGUACCUACAACACCUCCAACAUCCGAAAGCUCAAGAAAUUAUUCAUCAAGCUCUUCAACAAUUUCCCGUGUCAACGCUCAAAGUUCAACUGUGGAAACCUCUGCUGUAACUGCUUCUUCUGGAAUAUCAUCCACUGAAGACUCAAAUACAGGCAAUAUAUCCAUCACAUCUCCAACAAAUGUCAACACAGCAAACAAUAUGUCAAGCGCAACAAUUUCACAGGAACCAGCUCCAAGUUCUGAUGCAGCAAGCGCUACUGCAACCUAUUCUGCUGAAACAUCUCCUUUGGGACAAUCAAAUGGUGAUACCAUGCCAACUGUGACAGCUUUGACAUCGGGACCCUCUUCAAAUGAUAUUUCAGGGUCUCCAACAAGUUCCCGUGCAACUAUUCCAAGUUCAAAUGGAGUAGGAAGUUCUGGAUCCAAUUCCACUGAAAGCUCCUCUUCUGAAGCUUCAAAAACUGUCUAUGUACCUACAACACCUCCAACAUCCGAAAGCUCAAGAAAUUAUUCAUCAAGCUCUUCAACAAUUUCCCGUGUCAACGCUCAAAGUUCAACUGUGGAAACCUCUGCUGUAACUGCUUCUUCUGGAAUAUCAUCCACUGAAGACUCAAAUACAGGCAAUAUAUCCAUCACAUCUCCAACAAAUGUCAACACAGCAAACAAUAUGUCAAGCUCAACAAUUUCACAGGAACCAGCUCCAAAUUCCAAUGCAGCAAGCGCUACUGCAACCUAUUCUGCUGAAACAUCUCCUUUGGAACAAUCUAUUAGUAAACAUGUGUCUACUGUGACAGCUUUGACAUCAAUUUCAAAUGUAACUCGGACCUACCCAGAAUACUCAUCUCCUUUAAAAACUAAUACUCGGCUGUUUAGUUCUGAAAAACCUACUUCUUUUGACACAGCAAGGGAUUUUAAAAACACAGUCAGAGAGAACCUGGUCCUCAUCAGGCAAAAUAUGACUUGGAGUGAAGCCCUGAACUACUGCAGGACUCAUCAUGUGGAUCUGAUCUCUAUCCACACUUAUGAGAUUCAGCUCCAUGUGGAGAACAGGGUUAAGGAGGCCUCCUCUUCCCAUGUAUGGAUUGGUUUACGUUUCACAUGUGUCCUGAACUUCUGGUUCUGGGUCAGUGCAGAAACCCUCAUGUACCAACACUGGGCCCCAGGCAAUGGCACUGGAGCUGAGAAAUGUGGAACCACAGCAGCAGUGGAAUCUGGGGGGACGAAACAGUGGGUCAGCUUGCCUGACACUGAAAAGCUUAACUUCAUCUGCUGUGGAUGAGCUUGAGUUGACAGUGAACAAUUCAUUAUCCCAACUUUAAAUCAGCCUUUAAACAAUUCUUUACAGCAGUCAUGACACCAGUAAUAAAAUAUUUCUCCUGAGUCUUGUAUAAACAGUUAUAAAGUGGAUGUUUACACCUUUCGCACUGAUGAAAUAUUAUGUUCCUUUGAUUGAGAGUGAUUGGGUUAAAAUAUUUACAGUUGGGGGGGUGCGGU